AUGGAGAACGAUCAAAACCAGAUGAAUUCAGCAGACAAACAAAAGAAACCAGGAAAAGGGUUGGAAAGAAUGAUGCUGCAGAAGGUUGACGGAGUCAACUAUCUCAGAUUUGAUCUCCAGGAAGAUCUGCAGCAUUUGUUGGAACUGGUGCGCAAAAUUCCCACCAGAGCUGACGAUGUCAUCACCAUUGGAUUCCCCCGUUCUGGCAAUCACUGGACAUUCGAGAUCGUCUCUAUGAUUCUGAGCCAGACCACUGACUUUCACAAAGAUCAUUUCUAUUCCAGGAUUCUGGAAUAUCUGGGCUGCAAUGUUGCUGAGGCCGUGGCAAAUAUCCCCUCCCCCAGAAACCUGACCACACACUGCCGAAUUCAAUACAUCCCAGAAGAAGCUAUUCAGAAUAAAACGAAACUGAUCUACAUUUUACGUAACCCGAAAGAUGUUCUAGUAUCUCUCUACAAGUUCGUCUGCAGUUUGUCCCAUUCAGGAAGCGAGUUUAAUGGCGGCUGGGAGGAAUUCUUCGAACUUCAAAUGCUUGGCGAAUUUCCAUGGGGAUACUGGUUUGAUCACGUGCUUGCUGUUGAAGAGUUCCAAAAAGAGCACAAAGAAUGCCCGGUAUUCGUCCUCGUUUACGAGAAAAUGAAAGAAGACCCCGUAGCUGAGAUUGACAGACUGUGUAAAUUCUUGAACCAGCCCACCACGUUAUCAGGACAGAUUGCAGAAGUCACUCAGUUUUCUCGCAUGAAGUCAGAACUUGGCAGGACUAAAAUGUCCAUUCAAGGUAGCAACCAUUUCAAAAAUGGACCCGAUGACAUAUUACGGAAAGGUAUCGUUGGGGAUUGGAAAAACUGGUUCACCGUGUCGCAGAGUGAGGCUUUCAAUGAACUCUUUGAGAACAAAAUGGCCAAGUCCAAGCUGGGAAGCUUAGUCAGAGAAUAUUUGAAAUGA